ACCAAAAACCAAAGAUUAUUCAAAUUUCAAAGUUCAAAACGCAACCAUCCCACCACCAUAUAUUAUCAUGAUUGUGUUUGUCACUUCCAAUUUUUUAUUUUACACAAUCCCAACGUGCUUUAAAAACCUUCUUUUUAUCAACCCUCCAUGUAUCUUCCUCUCAUAAUCCUCACUUCUCUAUACUUCAUUUCACUACAUGAAAACAAAAAAAUGAAAUUCUUGACACCCAAAAUCAUCAGUAUCUUCAUAUUUUUCUCUUGUAUACAAUCCAUAUCACAAGCCAAGAUCAAAAAAUUUGACAAACAAUAUGGUGAUCCUUUUGAUCAUACAUAUACUCCCAUAUUUGAAAUCAAACAUCCUGCACAAAUCAGCAACCUAGCUCUUCAAAUCACCCCAGACACCGCGUCUUCUGCUUAUCAAAUGUUCAAUAACUCAGGUCGAAUCCUGUUGAAACGACCAUUCAGAUUGUGGGAUAGUAGUCAUGAUGACGGAGUUGAGGAUCUUUCAAGGUUGGCGUCUUUCAACACUUCUUUUUUAGUAAACAUUUACAGGCCAAAAAAUGACACACCAGCUGAAGGAUUGGCAUUCUUGAUUUGUCCUGAUUUAGACCUGCCAAAAAACAGUCAGGGCCAGUACUUAGGCCUGACAAAUAGUACUACUGAUGGCGACGCUUCCAACAGGAUUAUCGCGGUUGAGCUAGACACGUUCAAGCAAGAUUUUGACAUCGAUGACAACCACAUUGGAAUUGAUUUACACAGUAUAGAUUCUAUUAAAUCGGAGUCACUGACUCCGCAUGGAAUUCAACUAGCACCAAUAGGUGCAAGAUUUUACAACAUUUGGAUACAAUAUGACGGAAUCAAGAAAGUACUUGAUGUGUACAUUGUUGAACAAAUGGGGAAAAAUGGUUCAACACCACCUAGACCAAAUGAUCCAAUAUUAACACACAAUCUUGAUUUAAGAAAAUUUGUAAAUCAAGAAUCAUACUUUGGGUUCUCAGCAUCAACAGGCCAUUUCAAUCAGUUGAAUUGUGUGUUGAGAUGGAAUUUAACAGUUGAAUAUUUUCAAGAAAAGAAUCAUGGUUUGAUAAUUGGAUUAGGUGUUGGUGUACCUAUAGUAGUUGUGUUAAUGAUUUUGUUUGGGUAUUUUGGUUACUUUUAUUAUAAGAAAAAAAGGGGUGAUAGGUCACAAUCUAAUAUAUUGGGUGCAUUAAAGAGUUUACCUGGUAUGCCUAGAGAUUUUGAGUUUAAAGAAUUGAAAAAAGCUACUAAUAAUUUUGAUGAAAAAAAUAAACUUGGUGAAGGUGGAUAUGGAGUUGUUUACAAAGGCAAUUUGGUUGAUGAAAAAUUGGAAAUUGCAGUGAAGUGGUUUUCUAGAGAAAGUAUCAAAGGUGAAGAUGAUUUCUUGGCUGAGUUGACAAUUAUCAAUCGUUUAAGGCAUAAACAUCUUGUCAAAUUACUUGGAUGGAGCCAUAAGCAUGGAAAGCUACUACUUGUUUAUGAGUACAUGCCAAAUGGUAGCCUAGACAAACAUCUCUUCUCAGCGCCAGAUAAAGAACCACUCAGCUGGUGCGUCCGCUACAACAUUGUAUCAGGCGUCGCGUCAGCCCUGCACUAUCUGCACAAUGAGUACGAACAGAAGGUGGUCCAUCGCGAUCUCAAGGCGAACAACAUCAUGCUCGACUCAAACUUCAAUGCACGCCUUGGGGAUUUUGGCCUAGCACGAGCAAUUGACAAUGAGAAGACCUCGUAUGCUGAUGAGGCCGAGGGGGUGCUUGGCACGAUGGGGUACAUCGCGCCAGAGUGCUUCCACACUGGAAAAGCUACUCAACAUUCUGAUGUCUAUGCAUUUGGAGCAGUGUUGUUGGAAGUAGUAUGUGGCCAAAGACCUGGAACCAAAGUUAAUGGCUUUCAACUCCUUGUUGAUUGGGUUUGGUUCUUGCAUCGCGAUGGAAGAAUCCUCGAAGCUGUUGACAGGAGGCUCGGGGAUGAUUACGUAGCUGAAGAAGCAAAGAGGUUGCUACUACUUGCCCUAGCUUGCUCACAUCCAAUCGCGAGUGAACGACCGACCACACAAACUAUAGUUCAAAUUAUAUCAGGAUCAGUGCCAGCACCAGAAGUUCCACCAUUCAAGCCAUCAUUUGUGUGGCCUUCUAUGGUUCCAGUUGAUAUAGAAUCGAGCAUCGUCGAUACAAUAUCCAUCACAACACCUCAGUUCAGUUCAGAGAACAACAGUAUUGAGUAUCUAAGCAAGUAGAGAUAGCUAUAGCAGCAUACAUAUUACCAACAGGAAAAAAAAAUUAACUUGACUUUGAUUUCCCUUUUUUAAUGUUUUUUUCACUCUGUAAUUAUGUUAUAUGGUGAGGUUGUCAAAAGAAUUUUUCUCUUCCUUCUUGUUUUGUUUUUCUUUUGGGCUGCAAGUUUGUAAUUCUGUAAUGACAAGAACAUAAACAAUGUAUAUUUCUUAGACCUUA